GCUGUUGCUAUUGAAAGUUUCGUUUAGGUCCAAUCAGCAAUCAACCAUUAGCUAGACGCUUGGGAAAUUCCUUGUGGAACCAUGUGUUGGGAAAGUAUCGUGGAUUGGUUCAAAAAUGCCUGGUCCCAAAUAUACUGCCUCAUUGGAACCAUUUCCAAUUGGUUGGUGGAUUGUGUGUUCCAAAUACAAAAUGUAACCAUGUCCAUAUUCGUGGUCAUCGAGUUCCUGGUGGGUGCCUUCCUCUUUGCCUUGUUCCUCCUGGCUCUUUGGAUUGUGGGCAAGAUCCUUCGCUUCAUCUGGUACUGCACUGGUUUCAUGUGCGUGGCUCAAAGCGUACCGGUUCCAAUGGGCCUCAUUGGAUCGCCACCACAACCGCCAGUCCACGCCCAACCAGUAAAUCCCAAUCCAGGGGGUCAUCAUCAUCAUCACCAUCAUCACAAUCAUAAUCAUCAUAACCACAAUCAUAAUCAUCAACCCCACUUGGGAAACAUGCAACCGGCUCUCCCUAUCCCGAUUCCCAAUGCUCCCAUACCAAACAUUAUUCACCAACCACCCCCCCCUCGACCAAUCAACCCUAACAUACCGUAUCGACACAACGAUCGAGACGUGUUGGCUCACGAUCAUCCCUCGGGAGCAAAUCGCAACCCUGGUCCACCUCUUGAUCCAGCCAAUCGUCCAAUGCUGGUCCCGGGACCGCGAACCCCUUCUCCGGGUUGGAACAACGAAAAUGACCCGCUUAAUCAAACAUACGACUCUGACGAAGAACCGGAGCCUGGCCUCCAGGCGAACCCUGAAGUAAACCCUCAAGCGAACCCUGAAGUGGAGGAUCAGGGACCUCAUCCUAACCAUUGA